CAUCAUAAAUCAAUGCCCGAAAAUCGACCUAUUUUUGACUUCAGGCCGAAGAAUCUCUCCACACAGCCCAUUUGCUGUCUGUCUUGAGAGUCUUCAGCAUUGCAGACACGAAUCUCAGAGUCUCAACGCAUUACUGCUGAACCAGAACCAGAGUCGCCGCAACUACUAACAACGACCACCAACAAUGGCAACGUUUGUGAAACUCAACACCGGCGCUCAUAUGCCGACUGUGGGACUCGGGACAUGGAAGUCCCAACCAGGUAAGGUGACGGAGGCCGUGAAAGCAGCGAUCACCGCCGGCUAUCGACACAUCGACGGGGCCUUCGUCUACCAAAACGAGAAAGAGGUUGGCGAGGGCAUCCACGCUAUGAUCACGGAAGGUGUGGUCAAGAGAGAGGAUCUUUUCGUGGUCAGCAAGCUGUGGUCUACUUUCCACGCCAAGAGCAUGGUGAGAGGAGCGUGUGAGAAGACUCUGAGCGACCUGAAGCUGGACUAUCUGGAUCUGUACCUCGUCCACUGGCCCAUGGGCUACAAGGCCGGGGGUGAGCUCUUCCCGUGUGACGCUGCAGGAGAACCAAUCUGCAGCGGCACUGACUUCCUGGAUACAUGGGAGGCCAUGGAGGAGCUGAUGGAUGCCGGGCUGGUGAAAGCCAUCGGGAUCUCCAACUUCAACAAGCAGCAGGUGGAGUCUGUGCUCAACAAGCCCGGGCUGAAGUACAAGCCGGCCAACAACCAGGUGGAGUGCAGCCCGUAUCUGAAUCAAGCGAAGCUGAUCGAUUACUGUAACUCCCACGGCAUCGCAGUGACGGCCUACAGCCCCUUGGGCUCCCCCGAUCGUCCAGGGGCUCAGCCGGGUGACCCCGCCCUCUUGGAAGACCCCACCAUCAAGUCCAUCGGCGAGAAACACAAGAAGACUACAGCCCAGGUCCUGAUCCGGUUCCAGGUCCAGAGAAACCUGGUGGUGAUCCCAAAGUCUGUCACACCCUCCCGCAUACAGGAGAACUUCCAGGUACCAGCCACGAAUGCACUAUUAUAGGAAUUAUCAUUCAUCAUUAGAAUGAGCCUUAUUAUAAUGUGCCAUGUAAACGCGGCUACUGUGGGUAUAAAAUACGUAUUAUUUGUAUUUAUAUUCUGGCAGAGUUUACAGUCCACUUCAUGUAUGUUACAUAUGAUUUUUACAUUGAGUUGUUCAUAGUCAAAUAAUGUAUUUCUCUGUUUUUCCACAGGUGUAUGACUUUGAGCUCACUGAGGAGGAAAUGAAGACCAUAUUAGGACUGAACAGGAACUGGAGAUGCUGCCCUCUGGCCAUGUGA